CUGUCAGUUUCAUUCAGGAGACAGCUCGAAUCGGUCGCGUAAUCUUUAGCAGCGCGCAGAAAACGCACGGUUCUGCAGAGUGAAAAAAAAACUUUUUUUGUGCUAGUGAAAAUCGGAGAUUUUAAUAAUUUGGUAAAAACUUUCGGUACUUUGCUGUUGGCAAAACUUGGUGAACAGUACAUUUAAUCAUUGUAAAGCCUGUGUGAAGUGCUGCAAAGUUUCAAAGUGUUACAAAAAGUGUAAAGUUUUUCUUGGCCAGAAAAAAAAACAUGAGCAGGAUGGCCACCAAAAAAUCAUCAUAUGGCUACGAAGAUGAUGAAGAGAAUGAAGACUCCUCCGGGUCUGAUUUCGACGAUGACGAGGAUCCAGAUGAGAUUGAAGUUCCAGGCGGCGGUAGAGAUCUUGCAACAGUGGCUACAUUAACGAAACAAAAAGUGGAAAGUGAUUUAAAAGUACCUGCAAGUGGCCAACCGGCGUCCAAUGUGUCGUCCAAGUCGACUGGUAAGAUCCCCAUCGGCUUAGUCACCAAACCAGUCACAUCUGGAGGUUACGAAGUGAUCCGACAGCCAACCCUUCACAAACAACCCGGCGUUGGCAGCAGUGCAUAUGGAAUGGGUGGCGGUAGCAGUGGAAUGAGUUCCUCGUCUUUGGUUGGUAGUAUUAGUAGCAAUUUGUCUAAUCUGGGUGCAAGCUCUGGUAAAACGGCGAUGCAAACCGCAACACCCACCGGGGCGCUUCCACCUGGAGCGACCAGCAUUCUCGGUGGACUUGGUAGCUAUUAUCCGCCAAGCAUUGCUACGCUACUAGCGCAGAUGGGUAUGGCGGCGACCCUUGGAUUCGGUGGCAGCUCGUCAAUGAACAACGCAAAUCACAUGACAAGCAAUCAAAUUAUGCUGGAACAACUGAAGGCUCUGGUGGCCGCCAACCCGCACUACCUGACCAGCGGAAUUCCGACGAACCUGCUCUCACAGAUCUGGAUGGCCGAUACAGCAAAGGUACAGCAACAACAACAGCCGAUGUUCAACAAUCUAAAUCAGCCAGCUGAGGAAGAGGAAGCAGAAGAGGAAGAAAUGGGUGUUGCCGAAACGUAUGCUGAAUAUUGGCCAGCCAAGCUAAAAAUCGGCAAAAAGCAUCCCGAUCCGGUGGUUGAAACAGCUUCGCUAUCUUCGGUGGAGCCGUCCGACGUGUAUUAUAAAAUAUCAAUACCACCGGAACCUAUCAAUGCGGGCCAGUUGAGCGCCCUCCAGCUCGAAUCGAUCACCUAUGCCAGUCAAGCGCACGACCACCUGCUGGCGGAUGGCUCAAGAGCGGGUUUCUUGGUGGGCGAUGGAGCUGGCGUUGGUAAGGGUCGAACUAUCGCCGGAAUAAUCUAUGAGAAUUACUUAAAAGGACGCAAAAAGGCAAUCUGGAUAUCGGUUUCCAAUGACUUGCGGUACGAUGCCGAGCGGGAUUUGCGGGAUAUUGGAGCCAGCAGGAUCCACGUUUACGCUCUUAAUAAGUUAAAAUAUGCCAAAAUUAACUCAUCUGCGAAUAACAACACGAAAAAAGGUGUCAUAUUCGGCACCUACUCGGCACUGAUUGGAGAAUCACAAAGUACCACCGGAAAGUACAAAACCCGGCUGAAGCAGCUGUUGCAAUGGUGCGGGGAUGACUUCGAUGGCGUUAUCGUUUUCGACGAGUGUCACAAAGCGAAGAAUUUGUGCCCCGUUGGCUCGAGCAAACCAACAAAGACUGGUCUCACAGCGUUAGAGCUGCAGAACAAACUGCCCAAGGCGCGAGUCGUGUACGCUUCUGCAACGGGUGCGUCGGAACCGAGGAAUAUGGCCUACAUGGUGCGGCUCGGGAUCUGGGGUAUGGGAACUCCGUUUCCGAAUUUUAUGGACUUUAUUAUGGCGGUCGAGAAGAGAGGCGUCGGUGCAAUGGAGAUCGUGGCAAUGGACAUGAAAUUGCGCGGCAUGUACAUAGCUAGGCAGCUAAGUUUCCACGGAGUAACAUUUAAAAUCGAGGAAGUUCCUCUAACGAAAGACUUCAAACGUGUUUAUGACGAGUCGGUAGAAUUGUGGGUUGUAGCAAUGCAAAAGUUCACCGAAGCGGCCGAACUGAUCGAUGCCGAAAAUCGUAUGAAGAAAACCAUGUGGGGUCAAUUCUGGUCUGCUCAUCAAAGGUUUUUCAAGUAUCUUUGCAUUGCAUCCAAGGUGAACCACGCUGUGCGUGUGGCACGGGAAGCUAUCAAAUAUGGCAAAUGCGUUGUCAUUGGUUUACAGUCGACGGGUGAGGCCCGCACGCUAGAACAAUUGGAGAGAGACGACGGGGAACUGACUGAUUUUGUAUCGACUGCAAAGGGUGUUUUUCAAUCAUUAGUGGAGAAACAUUUUCCUGCGCCCGACCGGAGUCGCAUCAAUCGGCUACUAGGAUUGGAAGGUCCAAAAAAGACUCAGCUUGAAAGCCUACUAGAAGAAAUAGACUCAAAACCAUCGGCGAGCGCUGAUAGUAAGCGCAAACACUUGCUUACGAAAAACGAAAGUCCUCCUAAACAGAAGAAAGCUCGGAGAAAUUCGUCGGGCAGCGAUUCCAACAGCGAUUCCGACUCGGACGGGAAGGCAUCGGAAAGCGAUCGUGAAGAAAGUAACCACGAUUCCGAUAGCGCCCAAAGCGAUGAUUACAACCCAUUCGGAUUUGCGGGCUCCGACAGCGAUGACGACCCGUGGGUAGGUAAAGCCACCAAAACCAAACCAAAGAAGCCGAAGAGCCCGAAGAAGAAGCCGGUCUCGACGCAAGAUAAAAUUCAAGCUCAUCUAUCGAAAAAGCAGACUGAAACAAAACCGGUGCUGUUUAAGGCCAGUAAUGGUAUUUCUAUUCAGCUUGGACCACCGCCCAAGGACGCCAUCGAGCGAGCUUGUCAAAUGAAGGAUGAGCUACUGGCAAAGAUUGAACGGCUUGGGGAUCGACUUCCAGCGAAUACGCUCGAUCAGUUGAUUGACGAGUUGGGAGGUCCUGAGAACGUAGCUGAGAUGACCGGUCGAAAAGGGCGAGUGGUUCAAACCGAUGACGGCGUGCAGUAUGAGUCGCGAUCGGAGCAAGAUGUUCCACUAGAAACUCUGAACAUAACAGAAAAGCAGCGCUUCAUGGACGGAGAAAAAGAUGUCGCGAUCAUAUCGGAGGCAGCAUCGAGUGGUAUUUCGCUUCAAAGUGAUCGCCGUGUAAGAAAUCAGCGACGGCGCGUACAUAUCACACUUGAACUUCCAUGGUCGGCAGAUCGGGCGAUUCAGCAGUUUGGUCGAACGCAUCGUUCCAACCAGGUCAAUGCCCCAGAAUAUAUGUUCCUUAUAUCUGAUCUUGCUGGUGAGCGACGUUUUGCCUCAACGGUAGCCAAGCGUCUUGAAUCUCUAGGUGCACUAACUCAUGGUGAUCGAAGGGCCACAGAAACCCGGGACUUGUCACAAUUCAACAUUGACAACAAGUACGGCCGAUCUGCCCUCGAGUCUGUGAUGAAGACCAUUAUGGGUUAUGAGCAACCGUUGGUUCCCCCACCUAGCGAUUACAAGGGCGAUUUCUUUAAAGAUAUCGCCGGAGCACUGGUGGGCGUUGGUUUAAUUGUCAACAGUGAACAUAUGCCAGGCGUGUUGAGUUUGGACAAAGACUACAAUAACAUUUCAAAGUUCCUAAAUAGAAUACUGGGUAUGCCGGUAGAGCUACAAAAUAGACUGUUCAAGUACUUCACGGACACUUUGGCGGCAAUUAUUGAUCAGGCCAAGAAACGGGGACGUUUCGAUUUGGGUAUUUUAGAUCUUGGGGCAGCUGGCGAAAAUGUUACACGAAUUAAGAUCACCAAGUUCAUCAGGAAGCACUCGACUGGAGUUGCACCAACGGAGUUGCAUAUGGUACAAGUCGAACGUGGAAUGAUUUGGCAGGAAGCUAUUGAUAAAUGGGCAGAUCUCGGAGGAGAGAAGGAAGGUUUCUAUUUGUCCAGACAGGCACGAAAUGGAAAGCAUGCCGCUGUUCUGGCUGUUGAAAUUGAUUUGGCACCGAACGCGAACAAAAAGAAAACGGAACCGAGAAGUAAAAAGGAAAUAAUGUUCCAGAUCUACCGGCCGAACACCGGUUUGCAGGUUAAGCACGAAUCCCUCGAUGAGCUGGAGAAAAAAUACAAAAAGAUUCUCAGCGACGAAGCCGAGCCGCACUGGACGCGACAGUUUGACGCUUCGGUCAAUACGUGUUCGCACAGCUACUGGAAAGGGAUGUGCCGAUACGUAACCAUGGGUCAGGAUUGCGAGAUUGGCUUGCGAAGGAGAACGUACUAUGUUCUAUCCGGUUCCGUGCUGUCCGUUUGGGCGAGAGUGGAAAACAAUCUGGCCGCACGGGCUGGCAGCCAAAAUCGCAUGCAAGUUAUUCGUUUGAAGACAAAAGAGGGCAGCAAAAUUGUCGGUACGCUUAUUCCCAAAAAUUGCGUUGAACACUUGACCAGGGAUUUGGCCAGUGACUCGGAGAAGGUCGAAGAGCAAUCGUUUGAGGGUAAGUGAGGUGUUGGAUGCCGCCCCCUGCGCAUCGUAACCGAUGCACGUGAUAGUACAUCUAAGUGAGUUCUGUGUGAGUAUAGAUAUACUGAUUAUUGUGGAAUUACUUAUGAACAACACGAAUCAUCUAGCUCCUAUAUCAUAUUCCGAUCAAUCCUUACGUAAUACUAUGUAUGUUACACCCUUUGUCGAACGAUCAAACUCCGUAAUAUUUAUCAUUGACAGUGAAUUGUAAUCCAGAUAGAAAAUAAUCAUAGUUUCAAAACAAACACGUGUGUGUGUGUGAGUGUGUGAUGGUAAUGAAUGACCAUAAUCGUGAUCAAUAUUAUCAAAAUUACGAUUUGAAACUUAUUGCAAGCCAAAAAAUGUCCCUCCUUGGCAAAAAAAAGACCUUUUAGCCAUUUUUUACGUUCAGUACAUUACGUUGGUCCGUUGGACACCCCUUUCUGACAAAUUACUACUAAAUAAAAUUUGGUACACACAAGGUUUAUUUUAACUUAAAGUUAUUAUUAAAAUGUACAAAAUAAAUAAUUAGAAAUUUACUUGUAGGGCUAAACUUUGUUUAUUGCGAUAUUAAAAAAUAUAAACUAAUUGUGAUGAAUGGAGAGAA